AUGAAUUACACUCUGCGAUUUCCCCGGAUCCUCGUGAUCGGUGCUCCGAGAUCUUUCUUCGUAACGCCUUGUAACGGACCGCAAUUCGUUGGACAAGAGGCGACUGGCUCUGAAGCCGCCAGCGAAAUCGUGGACGCCGAAGGCGAGCUUGCCAGUGCCGACGCCGAACUCUCCGGCACGAAUCCCGUGCUGCUGUGGAUUGUCACCACGGCCGCAUCGAUCAUCGCUUUGGUCUUUGCCUUCAGCUUCUACAGCAAGAUGAGCAAGGCCGAUGGCGGGACCCCAACGAUGAUUGAAAUUGCCAAUCAUGUUCGCUUGGGUGCCAACGCUUAUUUGAAUCAGCAAUACAAGGUCGUGUUUCUGGUCUUCAUCGUGAUCUUCGCCCUGUUGUGCGUGGCCGCCUAUGGGUUGCACGCCCAAGAUCGCUGGGUGCCUUUCGCCUUCUUGACCGGUGGUUUGUUCUCCGGCUUGGCUGGCUGGUUCGGAAUGAAGACCGCCACGUUGGCCAGCAACCGCACCGCCGCCGCUGCUCAGAAGUCGCUGAACCAAGGGCUACAAAUCGCCUUCCGCUCGGGUGCUGUGAUGGGCCUGGUGACCGUCGGCCUGGCAUUGAUCCACACCACGAUCUGGUUCGCAGUGCUGUACUGGGGCAUCCCCGCCAUGGGCUUCGAAACCAUGGACCUGGAGCAUAUCACCGUGACGAUGCUCUGCUUCGGAAUGGGUGCCAGUUGCCAGGCUCUAUUUGCUCGCGUGGGUGGUGGUAUCUUCACUAAGGCCGCCGACGUCGGGGCCGACUUGGUUGGUAAGGUCGAACAAAGCAUCCCCGAAGAUGACCCCCGCAACCCGGCGACCAUUGCCGACAACGUGGGCGACAACGUGGGCGACGUGGCCGGUAUGGGUGCCGACUUGUUCGAGUCGUACGCCGGAUCGAUUCUGGCCUCGAUGACGCUGGGUGCGGCAGCCUUCAUCGCCGAACCAGCCGCUCAAAUGAACGCCGUCUUCCUCCCCAUGCUGAUCGCCGCCGUGGGCAUCAUCUUGUCGAUCGGCGGUAUCUUCCUGGUAAGCACCGACGAAAACGCCACUCAAAAGACGCUGCUCGCCGCGUUGGCUAAGGGAAUCAACGUCUCGACCGUUCUGGUCGGAAUCAUCUCGGUGGGAAUUUGCUACUUCCUGCUCCCCAGCGCUCCGAUGCUGGGGCUGAGUGUUGUGGUUGGCCUCGCAGCCGGUUGGGCAAUCGGUAAAUGGACCGAAUACUCGACCAGCGACGAAUUCGCCCCCACCAAGCGACUGGCUGACCAAGCCCAAACCGGUCCCGCGACCAUCAUCAUCGGCGGUAUCGCCGACGGUAUGUACAGCGUCUGGGUACCGAUCAUCAUCAUCAGCGGUGCCACCCUCCUGGCUUUCGGUUUCGCCAACCAAGGCGACUUCACCGAUCCAGCCGCCUUCGGGCUUGGCCUCUACGGUGUGGGCAUCGCCGCCGUCGGUAUGCUCAGCACCCUGGGGAUCACACUGGCCACCGACGCUUACGGCCCUAUCGCAGACAACGCUGGUGGUAACGCUGAAAUGUCUGGCCUCGAGCCAGUAGUUCGUCAACGCACCGAUGCCCUGGAUAGCCUCGGUAACACCACGGCUGCCACCGGAAAGGGUUUCGCCAUUGGUUCGGCUGCCCUUACAGCCUUGGCUCUGCUGGCCGCCUACGUUGAAGAGGUUCGCCACGGUUUCGAUCGCUGGGGCGAUUCGGCCGUGUCGCAAGAAGCCGAGCCUGGGCUCUACAAAGUAUCGCCGCAGUUGGUCGUCGAAAUUCGUGGCGAAGGCGAAGCCCGUCAGUCGCGCAAGUGGCUCGUCUACCCCGGCGACGCGAUGAAGAACCUGUGGAAAGACAUGAGCCUGACCGAUGGCACCACGCCGAUUCCCGCGAACAAUCUCGAAGCCACCGGUGAAGAAGUCUUCUUCGUUGGCUCAAAGAACCGCUUACUCAACCUGCAAGAUGCCACGUUACCGGGCUUCAUGAACUACUUUAAUGUCACGGUAAUGAACCCCAAGACACUGGUCGGCAUUCUCAUCGGAGCAAUGGCCACGUUUGUGUUCUGUGCGUUAACCAUGCAGGCAGUCGGUCGCGCGGCCAAAGAAAUGGUGGAAGAAGUGCGACGACAGUUCCGCGAGUUGCCCGGCAUCAUGUCGGGUACCGACAAGCCCGACUACGAACGCCCGGUGGCGAUCAGCACAAGAAGUGCUCAGCGCGAAAUGAUCAUCCCCUCGCUGCUGGCCCUGCUGCUGCCGGUGCUCACCGGUUUGGUCUUGGGCGUCGGCGGAACGAUGGGUCUGCUGGUGGGUGCCCUCAGUGCCGGUGUCUGCUUGGCGAUCUUCAUGGCCAACUCCGGUGGAUCGUGGGACAACGCCAAGAAGUUCAUCGAAGCCGGAGCACACGGCGGUAAAGGAACCGACGCUCACAAGGCCGCCGUGGUCGGCGACACCGUGGGCGAUCCGUUCAAAGACACCAGCGGUCCCAGCCUGAACAUUCUCAUCAAGCUGAUGAGCAUGGUCGCCGUGAUCGUGGCCGGCAUCGUCGUCCGCUUCAGCCUCGAAGCCUUCGGCAUCUUCUAA